GGCCGCCAGUAUUGUAUCAGUGAUAACAUACCCUUGAAGCGAUGCGGACGUGUGAAACGCUGCUAAAUUUAAAACAUGUGAAACUCACAUAAAAUUAGCGCCGUCAUAUCUCCGUUUAGAUGUAAAGAUUAAAAAUGGGUGUGCCUAUGGUAAAGAAAUGUUGUUUCUGUGCGAAUUUACAUACCGGCACAUUAAUCAUCGGUUAUUUGUCGUCAAUAUGGGCCCUGCUCGAGCUGGCGGUGUACUGCUUGCUGGUGACCCUGGCGCCGCUGGGGAAGGACGGCAAUGUGUCCGUGCACAAGCUGGUGCUAUACAUUACCGCCGCGUCCGUCAGCGGCACGCAUCUUAUAUGCUCCAUACUGCUUAUCGUUGCGGCUUAUAAGAAAUUAGCUUCGCUGACGCUACCAUGGACGAUAGUGACGGGUAUAAUGACAGCUAUGUUCUUCCUGAUGAGUCUCACAGGCAUCAGUCUGGUGAUGCAGGACUCCGGCACGCUGCUGGAAGUGGAGAUCAUAAUUAUUGUAGUCCAUUUAGGCAGGUCGUUCAUAUCAGUAUACUGCAUCAUCGUAGUCCACAGCCGACACAAACAAAUAAUGUACGAGGAAGAUGAAGUUCAAUUCCAACACUCUGCAAGGCUCUAUCACUCUGUGAAGACUGAUGAUCAUGUUUUGUAGUGCAUUGAAAAAUGCUGUGAUUCGGUCUUGUAAUAGGAUAUUAACUACCUAACUGAAGUUAUGAAUUUGUUGUGGUGAUUAAGUUACUAAGGUAUAACUUGAAAACUUUAAAUUUUUGAAAUAAGGUAUAAAUAAGUUUUCCAGUACUUACCUACCUAAAUGUUAUAUGAAUUUUAUACCUACGGGUACUUACCUAGUAUGAUAAAUUAUUGUGAUAUUGUUAGUAAAGUUUUAUAAAAUAUUUAAUUUCUGAUUCAAUUUGGUAAUGAGACUAUUUUGGUCCUACCAGUUUUUAUUUAUAAAUUAUAUUGUUAUUAAAGUUUUUUUUUUAUUAUU